AUGACAGAUCCAGCCAGCCUUUCUGCAGGUGCAGAACAGACACAGAAAAAAGAGAGUGUUGCCGCACAGCUGAUGAAGCAUGAAAAGGAAGUUGGUGUUCCUUCUAAUGAACUUGGUUCAGCAAAGGCAGCUACUGAUCAGAAAGAGCAAUCUGCAUCGGAAAUAAGAAAAGACUAUGUAUACGGAAGUACUGGGAGACCUAAGAAGACAGAUACGAUUAAAUCACUUGUGACAGAUCAGGAUGCAUCUAGAAACUGUGAACUAUAUCUACCCGUGUCUAGUAAUUGUUCAGCAGUGGAGUCAUCUGAAGACAGUGAGGAGGACAUGUAUCGUGACGCAGAAGAAAUAGAGAGAGAGAAAAUAUUACUUUGUGAGACAGGCUCUUCAGAAUAUAAACUAAGUGUUGCACCUGAAAUGGACGUCAUGGAGUAUUGCAGAAAAGAAUGGAGAGGAAAUACACCAGUAGCAAAAAGGAUGAGAAAGGGAUAUGAAGCAGUUGCUCAGAAGUUUGCAUCUAUAAGGAGAGUACGAGGUGAUAACUAUUGUGCACUCAGAGCAACUCUGUUCCAGGCACUAAGCCAAGCUACCCAGUUACCAAGCUGGCUGCAGAGUGAGGAUUUUACUUCGCUUCCCGAAAACUUGCUGAGCAAAUAUGACUGGAUCAAGCACUGGCAGCUAAAACAGAAACUGGGCAGGAAGAUGGGAGAAAUAAGUGAUGAAAUUAAAGAAUAUUUAAUACUUCUAAGGAAAAAGUGGAAGAAUAUAAGUGAAAUCAAGGAUCCCAUUGAGAAACAAGAAGCUUGUGAUAAAUUGUUUAAAAAUGAAGAGGAGGAGUAUAGUCUCUAUGAAGCACUCAAAUUUUUGAUGCUUAAUACUGCCAUCGAAUUAUACAAUGAUGAUAAAAAUGGAAGGAGAGUUCCUGUCUUCUCAUGGUUACUGUUUGCACAGGAUACAUCUAGCAACCCUUGUCAGUUAAUGCAUAAUCACUUGAAUCAUAUUGGUCACAGUGGAGGCCUCGAACAAGUGGAAAUGUUUCUCCUUGCUUAUGCUCUGCGGUAUACCAUCCAAGUGUAUCGAUUGUAUAAAUAUAGCACUGAUGAAUUCAUCACACUUUAUCCCAAUGACCCAGAGGAGGACUGGCCUGUGGUGACUCUCAUAACUGAAGAUGACAGACAUUAUAAUAUUCCAGUCAGAAUGUGCCAAGAGACUAUGCUGUAAACACGUGAUUUUUGGCAGACAAACCUGUGCUGCUUAUUGAGGUUUCCAGUGCUAUUUACAAACAGGAUGAUGAUGAAAUCUGCGUUAUUAAAUCUACAACUUGAAAUC